GAAGGGUUUCAAUUUUACCGUAACCUAUUCGAGUGGUUUAAUUAGAUUUAACAAGACAAAUACCUGCAGAAAACCAGUUGUUCAUCUGUGUAUUAAAAUUUAAAUCGGUAGUGGAGGUACGAUUGAACGAACGAAUGAAAGCGCAGGCGUGCGUGUAUGUUAGUUUUUAAAAUUUGUGCAAAAGUGAAUAGCACGAAAGUGAAGAGACGUUUUAAGUUACUGUCUACUUGUUUCUGAACCAAGCAAGAUGGAUAAUAGCAACGAUAUAGAAACACUGAUGGGAUAUUUAGGGAGACUGAAAUAAAUAUAACACAAGGAAGAGUUGUACUUGAAAUACCAGCCAGCUGAAAGCGCCGAUCGAAAACAGAAUUCAGUUGACCGUUUGAAGCCAAUAGUUUUGGGUAUGCUUUAUUAAUAUUUUUUGAAACUUGAUUUUAGGUAUUAACGUGUACGUACCUACAUCUCUCUUGGACGCCUAAGUAGCGUACCUAGUACUGAUUUGGCGUGUAUUACCAUAAUCAACCACUCCAUCCUCAUUACCACUCAUGCAGGAGAAAAUGUCAGCCAAAAGGCGAUUUUGGUAAAUACCAAUUUUGGCAAUUUUGCCUCCAGCUACUAUCAGCAAUGACUGCCGCCGUCAAUAUGUUAAGCUUGGUGACAGUUGGAGCCGUACCAGAUCACAGAUGUGCCAUACCUACGAUCGAUGACGACUUAGGAACCAGAAACUUCAGUAUUACGAAUUUGGAUAGGUAUAUACCAGUAUUAGAGACUCUAAAGUACGAUUCCUGUAGUAUGUACGAUGUAAAUAGUAGCGAUAAUGUGACAAUUAAGUGCAACGACUGGGUAUACGACACCACAUUCCACAAGUCGUCAAGAGGAAUGGAUUGGCACUUCGUUUGCGAUAGAAGGUGGAUGGGUGCGACGGCACAAUCAGCGUAUAUGUUUGGCGUAUUUUUCGGUUCCCUAACCUUGGGUGCCGCUGCUGACAAAUAUGGAAGAAAAAAUGUGUUUUGCGGAAGCGCAGUUUUGCAAGUAGUUUUCGGGGUUGCAGCUGCGUAUGUUACCGAGUUCUACGCCUUUUUGAUUGUCCAAUUCUUCUACGGAAUAUUUGGAUCGGCCGGCAGCUAUAUUCCCGGUUUCGUUUUGGCUAUGGAACUGAUUGGACCGAGUAGACGAACUGUGUGCGGAAUUAGCUUUCAAGCCGCCUUUUCGUUUGGUUUUAUGUUGGUAGCUGGAUGGGGCGCGCUUAUACCAGAUCGACAACUGCUGCAGUUAGUUUAUGGUUUACACGGUGUGGUUUUGUUAGGGCAUUGGUGGUUAAUGGAUGAAUCUCCCAGAUGGUUGUGGGCCAAUGGUAAAGUCAAUGAAGCCGUUAAAAUAGUGCAAAAAGCGCUCAAGGUUAACGGCAGCGCGAUUACUGUAGACGCAUCGCAAUUUGUAUCAAAGGCAACUGUCAGGCGCCAUGAAAAAGAAGUUAAUGUAGGUGUCACAGAUCUUUUUAAAACUCCGAUUUUGCGAAAGAGAACUUUGAAUGUGUGCUUUUCUUGGUUUGCAAACUCUUUAGUUUAUUAUGGGCUCUCAUUAGGAACUGGCAAAUUAUACGGAAACCCUUACUUAGUUCUAUUUUUGGCGGGAUGCGUGGAACUGCCCGGAUACGUUGUAACUAUCCUUUUAAUGGACAGAACCGGGCGUAGGUCUCUAGUAUCAUUCUUUAUGAUAUCAGGAGGUAUUUGCUGUUGUGUGGCUGCGUAUUUGUUCCAAGGUGGCACAACUCGUACCUUGUUAGUUAUGCUUGGUAAAUUAACGAUCUCUAGCUCUUUUUCCAUAGUUUACAAUUACUCGGCCGAAUUAUUUCCUACAGCAGUUCGUAAUACUGCCUUGGGAUUGGGAGCAAUGAGUGCGCGUUUGUCGGGUACCGCAACUCCGUUGAUAGGGCUGUUAGAUUCUUUAAAUCCAGCACUGCCCAGUACUAUAUUUGCCAUAAUAGCUAUACUUUCAGGAUUUUUAAUGUUAUUUUUGCCAGAAACGUUGGGAGAGCCCAUGUUGCAAACGAUAGAGGAGGGUGAACGGUUUAAAACCGACGACACGUGGUUUAAAUCUGUUUGUGGGAGCAAGAAAAGUGCCAAAGAGGAUACAAAAGAGCAAAUGGAACCUUUGAAGGUUGUUUAAAAUGGGGUUCUAAGUGCUGAAUUUUGUCAAGACGAUAUUUUGUUCUUUUGUAUUAAUAAAGAUAUAUUCUGUCAUAUUUUCUUACUG